AUGGCCCCCAAGCUGGAAGAGAAGGCGCGUACAGGAAGAGACAAUCAACGUUACGGCGCCCAGGGCGAGCGAUUAGUUGCAGGGGUCGUCCCCCUUUCGGCCGAUAAGAAAAAAGUUCUCUUGAUUCAAUCUACGCGACGCAACGGCUGGGUCGUUCCCAAAGGAGGUUGGGAGACGGACGAGCAAACAGCAGAGGAUGCAGCGUGCCGGGAGGCGUGGGAAGAAGCUGGGAUACAUUGCAAGAUACAGAAGGACCUUGGCAAGAUCCCUGACAGACGCGGCCCGGAGGAACUCACAGCUCAGGCACCUAGGGCAGUCUUUCAGUUCUUUGAGGUGACUGUGGAGAAGGAGGAAGCCAAAUGGCCGGAGAUGCACAAAAGAGAUCGGAAGUGGAUGUCCUAUACAGAGGCCAAACUUGCACUAGCUGCGAGGCCAGAGCUGUUGGAAGCUUUGAACAGGAGCUCAAUCAUCAAACGCAUUCCGCCUGCGUUAGGCUCGAAAGCGGCCUUGCGAGAUCCUGUUGUUGAGCUUGAUGUCUCAUGCAAAACCCUCACAGACACAGGCUUUCGGGAGCUUGCUAAGGGUCUGAUACAGACUUACAACGCUGAUGGUGGCCAGAGCAAUAUUCUCCGGUUGGAGGAGCUCAACCUCAAAAGCAAUGGCUUGAGCCCCGUAUCAUUGCACUUGCUUUCGGAGAUAGUGCGUUUGGCUUGCAACGACAUUAGAGAUUUAGACCUUUCGAGCAAUGACAUCCAUAUUGUUUCAUCGGAAGAUAUCAUAGCCUGGGAGGCAUUUCUACGCGCCAUAUCGAGCUGCUCCGUUCUUCGAAGGUUAGAUCUAAGCAAUAACGCACUUGGGCCGAAAGCUUUCGAGAUAUUGUCGAAAGUUCACGGCCAAGAAGAAUCAAUUGAUUUUGCGGUGCCCUCGGAGCUCGUAGAUCAUGCAAGUUACGGGACCUCACGAUUAGGCUCAAUCUCGGAGAAGGUAAGCGCAUUGGAACACAAAGCGAGGAAGUGGAGUAUUGGAGCCGAGGACGAUGAAACAAAUCGGAAUGGAGUGAAUCAUGGGAAAGGGCUGAAACCGUCCCGUCAUGCUUCUAAGGUUCAAGAGAAAGCUGGAAAUAUAUCCCAGGAAUUCCAUCAUUUGCCAAUCUACAGAUCGACAAAGGGAUUACGAGCGAUACCAUACAUAAUCCUAUCUGAAACCUCGAUAGACGAUACUUCGGCACUGCAUCUCUCGUAUGUGUUGAUGAGCCAUCAUUACCCACAGAAACUACUUCCAUACGUACCGCCGGUAAAACCUGGGCCAAUGACCCACCAGUUGACAGCACAUGAUUCUGAAACGCGUUGCAGAGGGAUUAUUUACUUGCCUAAUUCGAGAUGCAGUAAUGCUGCUUUUAAAGCUCUUGACCUUGCUGAGAGAGCGCGAGAAAUCCUUCACUGCGUCCAUGGGCUUGAAGACUCCACUGAGGAGGAUGCGAGGUCGAUGGAGAAAGAGGUCGGAGCCGAUUCGAACUUUACCCUACCGAGUCCUAACGGUCAUCGACGAUGGAGCUCCGCGGCUACUGAUAGUGAGGGUAAGGAGACUGUGGAAGUGGAGCUGCACCGAGCGCGAAGUCGACUGCAACUUAAUGCUAUCGAAAAUGAAGGGCUACGAAGCAACGAUCUAUGGCUUGCAGCCUGCAAGAUGCUUGCACUUAGCCGAAUGAUGCACCCAACAGUUACCAAGGCGCCUUCCCCGCCAGUUCCACCAGUAACGCCAGCCCCGAAACCGAGGUUGUCCAUCGUCAAAAUCCUUGAUAUACCGGCUGUUCCACCAAAGGAAUCCAAUCCGUGGGGCCUACCUCUCACACCAAAAUCAGUCAACAUGAGCAUGUCACCUAGAGCGAAGCCACGGAAGCAGAGCGUUGCGGCCAUCUCCUCAACGAAUAUUCCUACUGCAGCACACCUCACACGGCCGAUUGAUCAACGACUUUCCCUGACCAACAAAACAUACAGAUCAAACUUACCCCUUGGCUUUUCAAGCGACAUAUGGUGGCGCAUCCUCGGAUACGCGGUUGAUUCUCACGGGCUCCUGAGCAGUAAGCAACAGAAAGCUGUUCUACAAUACGCCAUCGACCGAGGAAGUUUGAGGAAAGAACGGCAGGCGCUGGGACUCAAAGCAGCUGCACAGAAAUGGCACGUAUUGGAGGACGUUGAUUGCCUAGCCUACGAAGUGAGAUGA